GCAGCUGGUUACUGCAUUUCUCCAUGUGGCAGACAGAGCAAAGCCACAAUGCUUUCUCUGCUGGAUUAAAGACAGCCCGCAGACCAGGAACUUCCACUAUACUACUUAAAAUUACAUAGGUGGCUUGUCAAAUUCAAUUGAUUAGUGCAGUAAGAAGAAAAAGAAGUUCUUUAUUACAGCUUGGAUUCAACGGUCCAAAACAAAAAUGCAGUUGCCACUGAAGUCACAGACGAACAAACUUCUACGCUGAUUUUUAAAAGCAAGAGUAAGAGAAGCAAGUUUCUGGGUUUGCUUUAUCAACAGAUGCAAAAAGACGUCAAACAACCUCAUUUCAAAAUGAAGGCUUUUAUCUGGACCCUAAGUGUGCUAUUCUUCCUACUAACGGGCACUGGACAUUGCAGAGGAGGACAGUUCAAAAUAAAAAAAAUAACCCAGAGGAGAUACCCUCGUGCCACAGAUGGUAAAGAGGAAGCAAAGAAAUGUUCAUACACAUUCCUGGUACCUGAACAAAAAAUAACAGGGCCAAUUUGUGUUAAUACCAAAGGGCAAGAUGCAGGUACCAUUAAAGACAUGAUCACCAGGAUGGACCUUGAAAACCUGAAGGACGUGCUCUCCAGGCAGAAGAGGGAGAUAGAUGUCCUGCAAUUGGUGGUGGACGUAGAUGGAAACAUUGUCAAUGAGGUAAAGCUGCUGAGAAAAGAAAGCCGUAACAUGAACUCUCGUGUUACUCAACUCUAUAUGCAACUAUUACAUGAGAUUAUCCGUAAGAGGGAUAAUUCAUUGGAACUUUCCCAGUUGGAAAAUAAAAUCCUCAAUGUCACCACAGAAAUGUUGAAGAUGGCAACCAGGUACAGGGAACUGGAGGUGAAAUAUGCUUCCUUGACUGAUCUUGUCAAUAACCAGUCCGUGAUGAUCACUUUGUUGGAGGAACAGUGCUUGAGCAUGUUUUCCCGACAAGACCCCCAUGUGUCCCCUCCCCUUGUCCAGGUAGUGCCACAGCAUAUUCCUAACAGCCAUCAGUAUUCUCCUGGUCUGCUGGGAGGCAACGAGAUACAGAGGGACCCUGGUUAUCCCAGAGAUUUAAUGCCACCACCUGAUCUGGCAACUCCUCCCACCAAAAGCCCUUUCAAGAAACCACCAGUAACUUUCAUCAAUGAAGGACCAUUCAAAGACUGUCAGCAUGCAAAAGAAGCUGGACAUUCUGUCAGUGGGAUUUAUAUGAUCAAACCUGGAAAUAGCAAUGGACCAAUGCAGUUAUGGUGUGAGAACAGUUUGGAUCCUGGGGGUUGGACUGUUAUUCAGAAAAGAACAGAUGGCUCUGUCAACUUCUUCAGAAAUUGGGAAAAUUAUAAGAAAGGAUUUGGGAACAUUGAUGGAGAAUAUUGGCUUGGACUGGAAAAUAUCUAUAUGCUUAGCAAUCAAGAUAAUUAUAAGUUGUUGAUUGAAUUAGAAGACUGGAGUGAUAAAAAAGUCUAUGCAGAAUAUAGCAGCUUUCGCCUGGAACCUGAAAGUGAAUUCUAUAGACUGCGCCUGGGAACUUAUCAGGGCAACGCGGGGGAUUCUAUGAUGUGGCAUAAUGGUAAACAGUUCACCACACUGGACAGAGAUAAAGAUAUGUAUGCAGGAAACUGUGCCCACUUUCAUAAAGGAGGAUGGUGGUACAAUGCCUGUGCACACUCUAACCUAAAUGGAGUAUGGUACAGAGGAGGCCACUACAGAAGCAAGUACCAAGACGGAAUAUUUUGGGCUGAAUACCGAGGCGGCUCAUACUCCUUGAGAGCAGUUCAGAUGAUGGUCAAGCCUAUUGACUGAAGGGAGACAGUCUCCAAUUUAAAUGACAUAGAACUCUAUUUUCCAGUUCCUAAAAAUGUAAAUGUUACAUGUAUAUUAUUUUGCACAAGUCAUUUCUACAGAUAUAGUUUUUUAAAUGAAUUUUACUGUAACUAUAAGUGGGGAUUUAUGAAUGUAGUUUCAUCUUCCCUUAAUAUACUGCAGAUUAUUUGUAUCUAUAAUCCAAGUUAUUUUAAAAAUAUUAAUGACUAAAUACAUGCAAAGUUUGUUUUCUAAAAUGUAAAUAUUUGCCACAGUGUAAAACAAAUUUUAGCUUUACUUUAAAUCAAAAUUCAAUACGUGUUCAAGAUCCUUAGCAAUUUAUUUAAAAACUUUAUGAGAAUGCUAUAACUUCCAAUGGAAAAAUAAUUUUAAGAUUUCAGCAACAUAAUACAUUUUAUUUAUAAAAAUAUAGACAGGAAAUUAGAAAAAACUCUAAUUUUGCCAACAUUCUGCAUUGAAUAAAAGUUAUUGCAAAUUGAAUUUGUGCCUUUCACAUGAAAUGAUUAAAUAUGAAUUCUUGACAAUACAUGUCAAUUUCCCCAAAGAAUUAAGAAACCCACAGUAUUAGAAUACAUAUUUUUAAAAGCAAAAAAAAAUGUAUGCAGUAUUUAACUGUUCAAUUUAUAAAAACAGAAAUAUGCAAAUAUAUUUUUUAAUACUAUCUUCAUAUGAUUUGCUAAACACCAAAAUUUCCUGAAAUCUAUUUUAUGUUGUUGUAUUAGUAAAGUGUUGAUAUUACAAAA